AUGCUUCCCUGCCCACAUGCUUCCCUGCCCACAUGCUUCCCUGCCCACAUGCUUCCCUGCCCACAUGCUUCCCUGCCCACAUGCUUCCCUGCCCACAUGCUUCCCUGCCCCACAUGCUUCCCUGCCCACAUGCUUCCCUGCCCACAUGCUUCCCUGCCCACAUGCUUCCCUGCCCACAUGCUUCCCUGCCCACAUGCUUCCCUGCCCACAUGCUUCCCUGCCCACAUGCUUCCCUGCCCACAUGCUUCCCUGCCCACAUGCUUCCCUGCCCACAUGCUUCCCUGCCCACAUGCUUCCCUGCCCACAUGCUUCCCUGCCCACAUGCUUCCCUGCCCACAUGCUUCCCUGCCCACAUGCUUCCCUGCCCACAUGCUUCCCUGCCCACAUGCUUCCCUGCCCACAUGCUUCCCUGCCCACAUGCUUCCCUGCCCACAUGCUUCCCUGCCCACAUGCUUCCCUGCCCACAUGCUUCCCUGCCCACAUGCUUCCCUGCCCACAUGCUUCCCUGCCCACAUGCUUCCCUGCCCACAUGCUUCCCUGCCCACAUGCUUCCCUGCCCACAUGCUUCCCUGCCCACAUGCUUCCCUGCCCACAUGCUUCCCUGCCCACAUGCUUCCCUGCCCACAUGCUUCCCUGCCCACAUGCUUCCCUGCCCACAUGCUUCCCUGCCCACAUGCUUCCCUGCCCACAUGCUUCCCUGCCCACAUGCUUCCCUGCCCACAUGCUUCCCUGCCCACAUGCUUCCCUGCCCACAUGCUUCCCUGCCCACAUGCUUCCCUGCCCACAUGCUUCCCUGCCCACAUGCUUCCCUGCCCACAUGCUUCCCUGCCCACAUGCUUCCCUGCCCACAUGCUUCCCUGCCCACAUGCUUCCCUGCCCACAUGCUUCCCUGCCCACAUGCUUCCCUGCCCACAUGCUUCCCUGCCCACAUGCUUCCCUGCCCACAUGCUUCCCUGCCCACAUGCUUCCCUGCCCACAUGCUUCCCUGCCCACAUGCUUCCCUGCCCACAUGCUUCCCUGCCCACAUGCUUCCCUGCCCACAUGCUUCCCUGCCCACAUGCUUCCCUGCCCACAUGCUUCCCUGCCCACAUGCUUCCCUGCCCACAUGCUUCCCUGCCCACAUGCUUCCCUGCCCACAUGCUUCCCUGCCCACAUGCUUCCCUGCCCACAUGCUUCCCUGCCCACAUGCUUCCCUGCCCACAUGCUUCCCUGCCCACAUGCUUCCCUGCCCACAUGCUUCCCUGCCCACAUGCUUCCCUGCCCACAUGCUUCCCUGCCCACAUGCUUCCCUGCCCACAUGCUUCCCUGCUGCCCACAUGCUUCCCUGCCCACAUGCUUCCCUGCCCACAUGCUUCCCUGCCCACAUGCUUCCCUGCCCACAUGCUUCCCUGCCCACAUGCUUCCCUGCCCACAUGCUUCCCUGCCCACAUGCUUCCCUGCCCACAUGCUUCCCUGCCCACAUGCUUCCCUGCCCACAUGCUUCCCUGCCCACAUGCUUCCCUGCCCACAUGCUUCCCUGCCCACAUGCUUCCCCUGCCCACAUGCUUCCCUGCCCACAUGCUUCCCUGCCCACAUGCUUCCCUGCCCACAUGCUUCCCUGCCCACAUGCUUCCCUGCCCACAUGCUUCCCUGCCCACAUGCUUCCCUGCCCACAUGCUUCCCUGCCCACAUGCUUCCCUGCCCACAUGCUUCCCUGCCCACAUGCUUCCCUGCCCACAUGCUUCCCUGCCCACAUGCUAUGCUUCCCUGCCCACAUGCUUCCCUGCCCACAUGCUUCCCUGCCCACAUGCUUCCCUGCCCACAUGCUUCCCUGCCCACAUGCUUCCCUGCCCACAUGCUUCCCUGCCCACAUGCUUCCCUGCCCACAUGCUUCCCUGCCCACAUGCUUCCCUGCCCACAUGCUUCCCUGCCCACAUGCUUCCCUGCCCACAUGCUUCCCUGCCCACAUGCUUCCCUGCCCACAUGCUUCCCUGCCCACAUGCUUCCCUGCCCACAUGCUUCCCUGCCCACAUGCUUCCCUGCCCACAUGCUUCCCUGCCCACAUGCUUCCCUGCCCACAUGCUUCCCUGCCCACAUGCUUCCCUGCCCACAUGCUUCCCUGCCCACAUGCUUCCCUGCCCACAUGCUUCCCUGCCCACAUGCUUCCCUGCCCACAUGCUUCCCUGCCCACAUGCUUCCCUGCCCACAUGCUUCCCUGCCCACAUGCUUCCCUGCCCACAUGCUUCCCUGCCCACAUGCUUCCCUGCCCACAUGCUUCCCUGCCCACAUGCUUCCCUGCCCACAUGCUUCCCUGCCCACAUGCUUCCCUGCCCACAUGCUUCCCUGCCCACAUGCUUCCCUGCCCACAUGCUUCCCUGCCCACAUGCUUCCCUGCCCACAUGCUUCCCUGCCCACAUGCUUCCCUGCCCACAUGCUUCCCUGCCCACAUGCUUCCCUGCCCACAUGCUUCCCUGCCCACAUGCUUCCCUGCCCACAUGCUUCCCUGCCCACAUGCUUCCCUGCCCACAUGCUUCCCUGCCCACAUGCUUCCUGCCCACAUGCUUCCCUGCCCACAUGCUUCCCUGCCCACAUGCUUCCCUGCCCACAUGCUUCCCUGCCCACAUGCUUCCCUGCCCACAUGCUUCCCUGCCCACAUGCUUCCCUGCCCACAUGCUUCCCUGCCCACAUGCUUCCCUGCCCACAUGCUUCCCUGCCCACAUGCUUCCCUGCCCCCAUGCUUCCCUGCCCACAUGCUUCCCCUCAUGUUCUCCCGCUCAUGUUCUCCCCCUCAUGUUCUCCCCCUCAUGUUCUCCCCCUCAUGUUCUCCCCCUCAUGUUCUCCCCCUCAUGUUCUCCCCCUCAUGUUCUUCCCCUCAUGUGCCUGUCUUCUCAUGUUUCUCCCCCCCGGUACCCUCCUCUUCCCUUCCCACAUACGCCUUCCCCACUCCAGGACGUUUUCUACGAUGACUUGCGGCAGCCCGGUGCAGUGCGGUACAGCGCGGUGAUCCUCAAGUGGAACAGGGAGAAGCGGGCGGCAUGGUCGAUGCUGGACGAGAGGGAGCGCCGCCGCAACACCCCCCUCGCCCGCCUGCCCCUGCCCGCCCCCGUGCGCGGCAUGGCCAUGGGUGGCGGUGCAUGCAGGCAUGCCUUUCACAUCACUGACGUUCGCCUGCUGCACCCUCUCGACUCGCUCAACUCCACCAGAUGCCCCCUUCUCUCACCCUUGUCUCUCAAUUUAUUCCAUUUGCACUGCUCCACUCCCCCGUUCUUCCUUACUCCCACCAGGGUGCAUGCAAGCAUGCCUUUCGCAUCACUGACAUUCGCCUGUUACACUCACUCGACCCACUCAGCGCGGCCGAAUAUCCCCUUCUCUCACACGAGCCACGCUGCUACCUGCGCCGCUGCAGCGUGUGCGAUGUGA